AUGCCCUUCAACGACGGGCCAGAGUUUCCAUUCUUCUGCCACAUCUGUGGCGCACCCCCCACAUGGCGCCGUUUACUCGCCCACAGCACACUCGAAGACCUUGACCCGGAAGAAGACGAUUUUGACCAUAGAGAUUAUAGAUACGAGGAUUUCAUGCCCGGACUGCGGGGAUUUGGAUAUAAUACAAGGUUGCUUCCUCCGAAAAAUAUCAGGUGGCUUGACGCUGUACGGCUCGUCACGAACAAGAGCGUGGACACAGUUAAAGGCACAGAGACAGAAGCAUCAGUGCCAUUAUUAACUCCACUGGCAGCAUAUGUCAAUACUGACAUUGGCACGUUCCACUACCCCGAGAACAGCAAUGUUUUACGAUGCAACGUUGACGGGUACUUGAUACACGAUACAUGCUUCAAGAUGUUGGCGCAUGUCCACCAAAGCCUGCAGGCCAACUGCGUGACGCAGGAUCUUGAUCUGGGCCGGUUAUGGAAUUGGUUGGAGCUCGGUCUGGAGGAUCGCAACAAUAACCUUGUCGACUGGGGCUUCGGGGAUGCAUUCCAUGGGGGUGGUACAAAUUGGCCGGGUGAGAGGUUUGAUCCUGGAUAUCAGGAAUGGAUACCAGUCAAAGGGUCUAUGUGGACAGUAAUGGAUCCCGAGGGUCCAUUCAAUUGCCAACCUCUACUUGACCGUGCAUAUGCCAGUACUGAGCCAGGCUAUUCAUUCACCUUCAGCAUCAGGUCCGCUAGCCCACACGCGCACUCAGUCAACAUACUCUCAAUACUCCCGCGCGAACACCAACUGAGUAUCUUGGAGCUUCUCCCAACUUCAUCCGUGCUCAACCUCUUCCUUGCAAGUCCCGACUUUAGGUAUCUUGCAGAGCACCUCCCGCCCAGCUACUGGAAGUCCCGUCUCUUCUUUGACAUGCCGUGGUGUGCGGAUGUCAUUUUGUCCCAGAUACAAAAUGCUGAUGGAAACAGGACAGAGAAAGGCAGAGUCCAGUUUAGCCAGCUUUUACGCUUUCUAAGAGAAUUUUAUAUAUCCCCCGGGCAGGAACCUGAUGGCGGUCCUUAUAUGCACACCAGCGGAAGAUGGCUUAAUCGGGACGAGCUCGAACGAAACUCUCGCCACAUUGUGUUUGACUUCGCGGCGCUUUGCGAUAGGGCUAUCGGUUUAUGUCCAGGAGCAGCCAAGAUCGUCAAAUAUGAAAAGAGAGAAGGUGGAUUUAACAGGGUCUUUCUUUUCACAAUGGACACGGGUUCUCGUGUUGUGGCAAGGUUACCGACCAGUAUUGCUGGGCCUAGGUUAACAACCAACUCUGAAGUCGCAACGAUGGCAUACUGGAAAGACCUCUCAAGCUAUUGCCUAGGCUUGCUAGAGACCUGCUUCUCUCGUUUACCGAAAGAAGAUAUUGUCAGCCGCGAGUUUCUCCCUCAUCAACUUUCAAUUCAAGAUCACAUCCGUCUUUUGAAAAUAAGCCAUGAGGUGAUGCAGAAGUUGAUUCAAGAUGAGCGUAUUCAGGAUGCUGCUACUUCUGCUCUGCUUCAUCCUGACUUUCACAAAAGGAAUAUCUACGUCUCAGCCGAAGACCCAACCGUUAUUACUGGCCUGCUUGAUUGGCAAUCAACAAGCAUUGAGCCUGCGUUUAUUUAUGCCAAUGAGACUCCGGAUUUUGCUGCACUCCUCGAGGGGCCAGAGAAGAACAUAUCUGAGAGCAGACAAGACGAACACAAGGCUCCUCCUGGCCACAAGGAACAAGAACUGAAAGAUGCGUCGAUCUGUUACCAGACAUAUGAUGUGUGCAUGAAGGGCCUCGCUGCUAAAUUGCGCCCUGCAAGGCUACUCGAUCCGACUUUGUUUCGACUCUUCCAAUACUGGUAUACGACAUGGAGAGACAGUGCCACAGCUAUCCGGCAAGAGUUAAUCGAGCUUUCAGUUCGCUGGACAGAACUGGAACUGCAGGGCUCGUGCCCAUUGUCUCCAACUGAACAAGAAUUGAAGGGCACGCUCUCGAUUAUGAAGAUUUUGAGACUGUCCAAAGACUGA